AUGAGCAUUCGUUUCCAAAGAGGAUAUAACGAUAAUAAUGACCGUCGUCCAAAUUCCUAUAAUAAUCAACGGAGAAAUAGUGGCAGGAAUAAUAGAUAUCUAACCGGUCCACCGUAUGUUCCAUCAACUUAUCGAACCCAGCCUGAACUUAAGUUUAAAGUAACUAAUGUACCAUAUAAAGCCACAACUGCAGAGCUAAAAGAAUAUUUCAGCUCAUAUGGUAGUGUGCAUGAUUUAUUUAUUGACUUAGAUGAUAGUGAUGGAACAGAACGCCCAACUGGAAUUAUUUUUAUCACAUUUAGACCUCCUCCACGACACCCAUUCUGGAACAAUGCUGUUCGCUUUCAGGGGCGAGAAUUAAGAUUUGAGUAUAAACCAUAUAACAAUAGUUUCUUAGACUAUUCUGAUGGUCGCCAUAAAAUUAGAGAAGAUUGCAUUGACGCUGAAUGUGUUGAUAUGGGCGUAUUUAUUCAACCAAAUAUCUUGGUUUCGGAUGCCAAGUUUUCCGAAAAAAUAAAAUUUGCGCUUGAUUAUAAAUGGCAUACUAUUACUAUCCAAUUUGGUUUUCAAAGAGAACAUAUCUUCAAGUUGGAAAUUGAUUUCAACCAUCUCGAUGGUGAAAUUGAUGUUGAAUUUGAGAAUUCGAACUAUCAACGUUCGAAAGCUCAUCUCACAAUAGCAAGCAAAUUUCCGGCAAAAUAUUGGAAAUUUCAAAACAGUGCACAAUCUGUCAACCAAUUUAGUUGGAGACAUGAUGAAUGUUGGAUGAGAAAGACUGAAAUUCGUGUUGUCCCACGAAGUCCUGAGGAACAGUCUUUACCUCUACAACUUAAUAUGCCAAAUAAGAGUGAUCAACUUAGUAGAUGGCAUGUCUUUAGAAUCACUUUCAAUUUUCAUGAUUCAAAUACUGAUUACGUAGAUUUCGAACAGAUAUUGAAUAGAAUAUGUGAAUUUAAUCUUUUAUCAAAAUCUAGAGACCCUAAUAUUCGCAUAAAUGUCAUAUCAGCGGAAAUGUUAUCAAAAUUCACAGAUAGGUCUAUGUUACCUUUUGAUGUUUUUUACGUGACUGAAAGUAACAUUUCUCAUAACUUUCUAAACGAAUACAACCUUUCUCAAGAAUUCUACUGUAUCUUGGCACGUCUACCUCCUAAUUUUGCAAUUAAUAUAAUGAACACAAUUUUUUCCCAAAAAAAAAGACUUUAUAAUCCGCUGACUUUUCUUAAACAUGAAAUUUCAAAAUUAAAGGAUGCAAUGAUUAGGCCAGACUAUGUACCUCACUACUGUGUGCUAAUGAGAAAAGUAGUGAUAACACCCACAACUUUAUACAUGAUACCACCUGUAAUGGAAACAUCAAAUAGAGUUAUUAGACAUUUUAAAAAUUACAAGAACAAUUUUCUACGUGUUCAGUUCACUGAUGAAGCUUCAGGAAAAGUUCCUUCUUCAUCAGGAAAUACCAAUAUAGCUCUAUACAAUAGAAUAUAUAGAGUACUCGUAAAUGGAAUAAAAAUUGGUGAUCAUCAUUAUGAAUUUUUAGCCUUCUCAGCUAGUCAAUUAAGAGAUCAUUCAUGUUGGUUUUUUGCUUCAAUACCAAAUGUAAUAUCAGCUAGUGAUAUUCGGAUAUGGAUGGGCGAUUUUUCCAACAUCAAAAGUGUUGCUAAAUAUGCUGCUCGAAUGGGUCAUUGCUUCUCUAGUACACGAGCAGUUUCAAAUUUACAAGUUAAUGAGAUCAAUGAAAUUCCUGAUAUUAUCAGGAAUGGUUACGUAUUUUCUGAUGGUAUAGGAAAGAUCUCUCCACAUUUAGCAAGAACUGUUGCUCAAGUAUUGGGAUUUAAACAUGUUCCAAGCGCUUUUCAAUUCCGAUUGGGAGGUUACAAAGGUGUUUUAUGCCAAUCACGAUAUUUACGAAAUAAUCAAAUUCAAGUUCGACCUAGUCAAUGCAAAUUUGAGUCCAAACAUAAUAUAUUAGAGAUUAUUAGGGGGUCACGCAUGACUACCGCAUAUCUCAACCGACAAGCUAUUACAUUAUUGUCAACAUUAGGUGUACCUGAUGAUGUAUUUAUUACCAUGCAAAAGGAACAAGUUGAAGAGUUGGACAGGAUGCUUAAAAAUGAUGAUACAGCUAUUCGUGUAUUAAGUAGUAAUAUCGAUGAACAUGAUAUUACACGUAUGAUGUCAGAUCUUGUGAAAGCCAAAUUUUUUCAAAGGAAUGAUCCUUAUAUAGUAAACCUCAUUUCCUUAUUCCGAAUUGCAAUGUUAAGGAAUUUAAAAAAGAAAGCCAAAAUUCGUAUUGAUAAGGGAGCCUUUUUAUUAGGUGUAUUGGAUGAAACUGAAACUUUGAGAGAAGAUCAAAUUUAUUGUUGCAUCACUGAUCCGCAAAAUCCACACUCGAGAAAAGUAAUAGAAGGAAACUGUGUUAUAUUUCGUAAUCCUUGUUUUCAUCCUGGAGACGUACGUGUUGUUGAAGCUGUUAAAUGUAAAAACCUAGACUAUCUUGUCGAUGUUGUGGUUUUUCCUGCAAAUGGAUAUCGUGAUAUCCCUAGUCAACUUAGUGGCGGCGAUUUAGAUGGUGAUGAUUUCACAAUAAUUUAUGAUCCGAAUUUAAUGCCUAAAAUUAAAAACUUUGAACCAAUGAAUUAUGGUGCACCUCAACCACUUUUAGUUGAUAAAGUAACUAUUGAUGAUGUCAAAAAAUUUUUUUUAAAUUAUAUAUUGUCAGAUAAUUUGGGCUUAAUUUCGAAUGCACACUUGGCUAAAGCUGAUUUGGCAGAAAAUGGAGCUUUUCAUGGUACAUGCCUUCGUUUAGCUCAGCUUAGUUCUGAAGCAGUAGAUUUUCCAAAGACUGGCAUUCCUGCCGAAUUUCCUAGUGAACUUAGAGCAAAAGAUGUACCUGAUUUUAUGGAAAAGUUUGAUAAACCCACUUAUUGUUCAGAUAAAGUUUUGGGAAAAUUAUACCGAUCAAUAAAACUCUCAGAUUUCGAUCCUUACACAAAAGUUAUAUUCGAUGAAAGGUUAAUAAUUCCAGGAUUUGAGUUCUACCUGAAAAGUGCACGAAUUCAUAAACAAGAAUAUGAUUCGGAAUUACGUGCCCUAAUGAAUCAAUAUGGUUUAUUAUCUGAAUAUGAAACUGUAAGUGGUUUCAUCAUUAAUACUACUCAUUUAGUUGGAAAGAAAAAGCCACGAGAGACACAGAAUUCUGUAGCGAAUAUGGUAGCAGCUAUUAAAAGUUGUUAUAGAGAGAAGUUUGAGCGUGAAUUUUAUGGCGAGGGAACAAAUGUAGUAUCACCUGAAGCAUAUGGUCUAAUGAAAGCUAAAGCAUCUGCGUGGUAUUAUGUUACAUAUCAUCAUUCAGAAUUGAAAGAAGAUCCUGUAGAAAGGAUGAUAUCGUUCCCAUGGAUAAAUUAUGGGAUCUUGUGUGAUAUAGCAACUAAAAACCGGUCUAGAAUAAAUACAGGGUUAAGCCAUUAA